AUGUCACUUCAAGCAAGACUCAAAAGAAGUAGAAAGCAGCCUCCAGAGGGAUGGGAUAUUAUUGAACCAACAUUGGAAGAGUUUGAACAAAAAAUGAGAGAAGCCGAGACAGAGCCCCAUGAAGGCAAAAGAAGAAAUGAAUCGUUAUGGCCUAUUUUCAAGAUUCACCAUCAAAGAAGUCGCUACAUCUAUGACCUUUAUUAUAAAAGAGAAGAAAUCUCUAAGGAAUUGUAUGAUUUUUGUAUUCAAGUAAAGAUUGCUGAUCCCCUACUGAUCGCUAAAUGGAAGAAGCAAGGCUACGAGAACUUAUGUUGUCUACGGUGCAUUCAAGCUCGCGAUACCAAUUUCGGAACAAAUUGUAUCUGCCGUGUGCCGAAAAGUAAGUUAGAUGCUGAUCGUGUAAUCGAGUGUGUUCACUGCGGAUGCCGAGGAUGCGGAGGAUAA